AUGGCGCCUCCGUCACUUUCUUUACUAUCUCUCGCUUUCUUCUCUAUACUUGCUCAUGCAGAUGAUGCCUAUUUUUCCGUGGGCGACCUUGGUCAGUAUACCACAGAUGGAAUCCCUACACCUGUCCUCACCGGGUCCGUGAUUGAUGUUACCUCAGUGGGUGACCCGGCCAAUAAUGGGAUUUUAGUGUUCUUGUCUCCAGAUAUGCAGACCAGCCUGAAAUCCACGAUGGAUAGCGACUGCACGGGAGGUAUCGACUCAAAAUGCUAUCAAGAGGUGCUGGACGUCCUUGAGAGCCCUAGUCAGGUUCUGCAAUCCCGCAGUUUGCACCAGCGGGGACUAGAGCCACGCAACCCGCUUCUUUUAUUGUCUGGUGCUGUGGCAAUUAUCUCCAUGAUAGUAGCCCAGUUUUAUGAGGCUGACAAUGCGAUCCCGGAACCAAUCAAGAUUCCCCCGGAUCAACUGGAGGAAUCUUUCGACCUGGAGACCGCUACUGCCAUCGUCUUUGUUACAGAAAAUGACAAGCCAACGCAGACCAUCACGCAACCUGCAGAACAGGAUAAGGCCACUGGACUGCCAGCCACGAUUACGACCUUUGCAAGUGCCACCAACGGUGCGAGCAAGGGGGAUUUGGGCAUCGUGUUAGAUUCGACAGUCGCGGCGCACCUCCAGGCGCUGCUUUCCGGCUCAGAAACCAGCAGCUGCGAGGUGGGCGACGAUUUCUUUUCUUCCUCCUCCCUCCAGACUCGCUCGCUGGACAUGACUAGUAUCAUCUGUGGCGCCGAGAAUAUCCUUGUCGAUGGUAUCGGCCGGGAGGGGUAUCCCAACUGGCUUGUUAUGAACCAGGGUCGGUUUCCGUGGACCAACGCGGAGCUUGUGGCAGGUCGCAAUGCGGUGGUGCAGUGGGCACUUACCCAGGCCCAUCGGCUGAACCCGACCAUCAGCGCAACUCACCUCCGUUCCUUGGCUGUUGGGGCCUUUGCCUUGGCCGUGACCUACUCCAUCAACGGAGUUAUCACGACCAACAAUGUGAUUCCUUCCGCAUCGCUCCAGGGAGGUCCCACUGCCACGGUGUGUCAAGCGCAGACGGCUACACAAUGCGGCGCCGCGUGCGAGAUCCAGCCAUUUGCCCCUCAAUUUGCCUGCUCGACUGCCUGCUCGACCGUCACGUCUUGCGACGCACUGGACACAAUCACCACCACUCGCACUGCUACGAUGACCGGCUCCGAUGCCUAUCCAACGGGCUCAACGGGUGGCAAAGGGCAGCAGAUUGCGGUUGCAUCAUACAUAAAUCCGCUUAGCGACCCGGCCGCUUGGGAUCGACUAAUCGAGUAUCCUGUGGAGAAGAUGCCCAUCUUGGUUGCGAACGCUGUGAAUGGCCCUGAUUCGGCCGUCGACGAAAACUGGCAAGACGUGAUCCAACGAGCUUCGUCUUCGGGUAAAACGGUUCUCGGCUACGUGCGAACUGGCUACCUGGGCGUGAGUGUCCAGAAAUUCCAAACUCGCCUAGGCUCGGGCGCCCUCGCGGAUUGGACUGCUCAGAUCGAGGAAGAUGUCGAUAUGUGGUACUCGCUCUAUGGCGACAGCAUUGGCGGUAUCUUCUUUGACGAGGGUUGGCCUGAAUGCGGCGACAACAAUGAAUACGUGGAUUUGUACAAGUAUAUUAACGCCUAUACGAAGCGUGCUCAUCCCGGCGCGCUCACUGUCCUGAACCCUGGGUCGCCUAUGGCGUCUUGCUUCGAGGAUACCAUGGACACACUUUUGACUUUCGAGCUGAGCUACGACGCUUACAUGAACUCUUACACCCCUAACGACUGGACACCCAAGGACCCGCGGAAGCUGUGGCACAUCGUAUACGACGUGCCCGCAUCUGCGGUGAACGAGGUCGCCAAACUAGCGAAGAAGCGCGGGGCUGGCAUGAUUCAGCUGACGGAUGACACUUUGCCCAAUCCAUACGACACCCUUCCCGCGGAUUCAUACAUUCAGAGUAUGAUGAACGCAAUCGAUGGUGGCAAGCCGUUGAAUGCAAAAGCGGCAUCCUGGAAAUCUGGAAGCGCUGCAGGAGCUGUUUCUGGCCUGUCGGUCACGACCUCAGACUAUAGCUCUGCCAAGAUAACCUGGAACUCAGCGUCCAAUGCUCUUGGCUAUCAUGUUUAUUCGGGCGAUAGUAUCAUUGCCAGCGUUCCAAGCUCAAUGACGACGAUCACUAUCGGCGGUCUCACAUCCGGUUCCAGCCACGAGCUCCACGUCAAAGCAGUAGGCGGAGGCGGAGAUACUGGGUCCCCCUCGAAUACAGUCACUGUGAACACCAAGUCUCUGCCCGGUGGCAAGACCGUCGUCAACUACCAUUCCUCUCCCGGUGCCACUUCAACCACUAUCCAGGCUGAUAUUCUUGUUCCAUACUCCUUCGUCCGCCUUUACCUCUGGGACUCCGUGGGCUGUGAGUUCGACACGAACCCGGGAUGGAGCGUCAAUUUCAAAGUCGACAAUUACGUCUGCACUCACUACAUGGUCGAGGGUACCACACUCUACAGCUACAACGGUGUCCUUCCUGAGGGCUCUACGGCGCCGCCUUGGUCGUGGAAGGUGGUCGAUACGAUCACCCUCGAUGUUACCGGUUACACCUACAAGUGGACCUUGCCACUGGGAACUUCCACUGUUGAUACAAGCAAGUUCGUGGUACAGGCGCAAGGCUACAAUCCCUUGACCAACGCCUUCGAGCCAGAUCCUAUUGCGUAUGACUGCAAGGGCUCGCCUAUGUGCACGACCCCGGAUCUGUUGAAGUGGUGCGACCACGCCGUUAAUACCCUGCACCGAGACGAUGACCCUUUCUACUUUGCGGCGUCUGCAAACGAGACCGGAAUCAACCAAUCCGGGAACUGCUGGGGCGAUCAGACUCGGAGCUGCGGCGUCUUCAUCCAGGGCGAUGAUAGCUGCAGAAUCAGUGGCAACGAUCUAUGGAACGACUACCAGAAUAUCCGCAACAUUGGCGGUUGUUCCAAGUGUGGUUCAUUUGAGAGGGAAGACGGCUGUCUGGUUACCAUCAACUAUGUCUAUGGUUGUGAUAACCACAGCUAG